AUGGAAGGACCGAAACUCGCGUACAAAGUGGACCCGGACCUUACCUCGGUCAUCGAAGAAAAGCAAGAUGAAACAAUGCCGCCGGGCAAGACAGACACACGGGUCGGUGGCACGGUGAAUGGUUCGGCCAGUGGCAAGAAUCGAGGGGGCGAAAGGUUGUCGGACUUGAACGCUCGUAUCGAUGCUCUGAGUUUACACGAUGGCGGCAGGAUUGUGUCGUCUGAGAAGGAGGAAAAGCAGUCGCUCACGACUGCGAACGACAUACCCGUCCUCCUAGGCGGAUGGAAACUAGAAAGUGAGGCGGAGUACGCCAAGCGCAUCGGCAGGGAUGUGAAAGAGGUAAAAGAGGAGAUGCGCCGGAAUUUCGAGGAGCUCCUCGCUACACAAGCCAAAAACCUACCUGGCGGUUAUCAGCCAUUCAACGUCUUCCGACCCCCUUCUCCCGUCAGAACCUCCCAGGACCCGCAGGUGGAAACAACCACAGCGGAAGAGAAACUGGAGCAGAAUACCUCGUUGCCUGACGUGAACGAGAAUGAAGUCAGAGACGACUCCACAUCUCUCGACUCGGACGAGGACACAGAGUUCGAGCAUUAUGAGAACAUCUUGCCACAUGAAAGCCGUGGAUGGGUCUCCAGGCGCGGAAGGGCCCAAAAGCCAAAAUUAUCAGCUCACAAUAGACACGCGAUCUCGCCGCUGGCCACACCGGAUUCUGGCUUCCUCGCAGACCGUUCGGUCUCCGGUGGAUGGGCUGCGAUGAGCGAUAUGGAGUCAGACGAGACCCUUCCGAGUCUGACGGCAUACAUAAGAAUACUGGAAUCUUGCGAGUCGCGCAGACGGCGAGGGUAG